AGACACUACGUUAAUUUUAUCUGAAGAAACUUGGUGCAAUCAGCGGACCCAGACAACGGCCGAACAAAGGAACAACACCCCUAAAUGGGCUGGCUGUGUCAUCUCCCUUGGGUAGGCAUGUUGGAGCCUUCUACUAGUGUGACACACACCUAAUCCUCCUCACUGAGGGAAAAACAAGAAAUGGUCCUGGCUGGUCUUUGUCCUCAGAUCUCUUAGGUUUUUUCAGGCUUGCAAAGGCACAGUGUUGACUGUUGACUGACCUACAGCAAGCUUUUCUACCAAUGGAUAAGUUACUGCAAGAUGAGUUUUGAGCUUCAAGAAUCGGGGACCUUUGUGACAUAUUGGGCAACUGAAAAUCCUUCCUCCUGGGAAAGAACAAUCAAACUCUUCUGGAGAAGAGGACGGUGAAACAAAGACAACAUUUCUUCAGCAGAAGAGGAACGGGAAACAGGAUAGAGAUUUGAUCAAUGAAUCAACACUGCAUUUCCACAACUCGUGUCACGCACAAGGAAAGUUAACAAGCUGAUGAAACCAUCUUGAGAGAUGAUGAAUCGCUACACCACCCUGAAGCAGCUGGGUGAUGGAACCUACGGCAGCGUGCUGAUGGGGAGAAGCAACGAGUCUGGAGAGCUGGUGGCUAUUAAGAGAAUGAAGAGGAAGUUUUAUUCAUGGGAAGAAUGUAUGAACCUAAGAGAAGUGAAGUCUUUGAAGAAACUGAACCAUGCGAAUGUUGUGAAGCUGAAGGAGGUAAUCAGAGAGAACGAUCACCUGUACUUUGUCUUUGAGUAUAUGAAGGAGAACCUCUACCAGCUUAUGAAGGACAGAGAGAAUAAGAUGUUCUCAGAAAAUGAAAUUAGGAACAUCAUGUUUCAAGUGAUAUCUGGGUUGGCUUUUGUACAUAAGCAUGGAUUCUUCCACCGAGACAUGAAGCCAGAGAAUCUGUUGUGUAUGGGUCCAGAACUGGUCAAAAUAGCAGAUUUUGGAUUGGCCAGAGAGAUCCGCUCUAAACCUCCCUACACUGACUAUGUAUCAACCAGAUGGUAUCGAGCGCCAGAGGUUCUGCUCAGGUCGUCUACCUACAGCUCUCCUAUUGACCUGUGGGCUGUGGGCUGCAUCAUGGCUGAACUCUACACUCUCAGACCUCUUUUCCCUGGGAACAGUGAAGUGGACGAGAUUUUUAAGAUCUGCCAAGUCCUAGGCACUGUCAAGAAGUUGGAUUGGCCGGAGGGCUACCACCUGGCUUCAGCUAUGAACUUUCGCUUUCCCCAAUGUGUGCCGACCCACCUAAAGACCCUGAUCCCAAAUGCCAGCAACGAGGCUAUUACCUUGAUGAAGGACCUGCUGCAAUGGGACCCCAAAAAAAGACCCACUGCUGUACAGUCCCUACGUUACCCGUACUUCCAGGUUGGCCAGAUCUUAGGGCCUCGUCCUCAGAGUCAGGAUGUCAAGAAGGUCCAGGCCAGACAGACGGCUCAGAAGCAGAUCUCGGAGUCCAAGAAUGAUCCCCAGCAGUCUUCCUCUGAGUCCAAAGCCUCCACAUCAUCCUCCAGAAACCCCCACCACCACCACCACCACCAGCAGCAUCAACCUCUUCAGCAGAUCUCCCUGCCCCAAGCUGAGAGUAAACCAGCAGGCUCCAGCUAUGUAAAGGCAGCGUCGCUGGGUAGUGAGAACAAUGUUGCUGGUGGCGGGAUGGGCGUGCUGAAGAGUGGCAGACGUCGCUGGGGCCAGACAGUGGCCAAGACCUCAGACAGCUGGGAGGAUUCUGACCCAUCGGAAACCGCUGUCUCCAAUUCCAAGAAACCCAGCUUGGGGAAUGAAGAGGAGGCGAAGAGCCCAAAGGAGCACCGCCCACAGCCCAAGGAGCAGAAACCUCUGUAUUCCUUCAGCACAGUUACCAAGCUACCCAACAAUGUUAAGAUUGGCCAAAUGGACUCCAGUCUCCCAGGAUCUGCUGCACGGCAGCAUUAUCUCAGCCAAUCACGAUACCUGCCUGGUUUGAUCGGCAAGAAUCAGACUUCCUCUGGUGAUAAGGAGUUGAGUGGUAUGACGCUGCGGGACUUGUGGGAGAACUCCUCAAACACUGUAAAUAAACCACUUGCUCCUAUUGGAGCGGGAUUAUCUGUCACCAGAGCCAACGCAGAAGAGAAUGCCUCUAAAUCUGUGGAUAGCCCACCAGAGAAAACUGUUGUUAAAGAAAGAAUACUGGAGAAAAUUGAUCUCUCCAAAGGGAACUUUGUGAGUGCAAAGUAUAACCUCUCUGGCGGUUACAUCCCUUCAGUCCAAAAGAAAGAGGUGGGCUCAGUGGGACAAAGAAUCCAGCUUGCCCCUUUGGCUGGCCAGCACACAAUCAAUCCUUCUUCUUCUCCUGAUAAUAAAAAAGACAAACCAAAAUCUGCAAAGCCCAAGCCCAUAACCAACUCAUCUUUGAGUGAAACUAAUGAAGAUUACGAGGGCUGGAAGAGGAGGACAGACAGGACUCAGAUGAAGGGGAGCAGCUUCUCGGCUCUGGGGAAAAACUCUGGGAAUCUCCUGACCAGAGCUCCCGCUGUUCAGCCUGUCCACGGCAGGGUGGACUGGACAUCCAAGUAUGGUGGGAAUCGGUAGUUCAGCGAAGAAGGUGCUACAGCCUCUGCUGCCUGUUAGGGUGUCGUGCCUAGUGGUACACAUCUUUGGCUAAAAAAACAUAAAUCUUGAGUUUCAACCACAUUUAAACUCAAAUUUAAUGAAACUACAAACUUCAAUAUGUUUCAUGAGACAAAUUACAUUGAAAAAUGAAGAUCCAAUCAUCUUCAAAAAUCAAAUAUAGAGGUAGCUGGUAGAGGAUAUAAAAUAUGUGACAAAAGACAUGAACGAAACAUUCCAUAUUCUUUUCAUUAAGGCCAUGUCACACUGGCAUUAUUUUAUUUCCAGUGAGCCUAGUACAUGUAGGAUCAACUUUUCUCUAUCUUUUGAAGAUGAUGGUUGCCAUGAUGCUGUACUUGCAAGACAAUUCCACUGUAUUCCUGAAGGAGCCAGUGGGAGCCAAUUCUGUUAGUGCUGGGAUAUUCUGACUAGGAUUUACAUGUAGGAUAGCCUUUUCAUUUUUUACUCUAGUUUAUAUUGUCAAGUAUUGUUUUAAUUCUGAUGAGGAAUCAUUAACAUUUCCUGCAGUACUGUAAUCACUCUGCUUUUACUCACCAUACUACAUAAAAACAAAUCUUCACUGUAAUGGCAAUCAGAAGGAUGACUUCAAUUUAUGCUGCUUAUUGUGUAUAAGUGCAUACCUCUUUGUAUUAUGCAAUGAAUAAACUGAGUGUUUUGUAAACAUUUUCAUACAAAU